GGCAGCGGAGAGCGGUUAGAGGUGGGAGUUGGCGCUUUGGGCCGCGCCGGGGAGCUGAAAUGCGGACGGGACAGUGGCGGUGACCGGAGCUGCCGCCCGACAUGAACUCGCUGGAGCAGGCGGAAGAUCUCAAGGCUUUUGAGAGGAGACUUACAGAAUAUAUUCAUUGUUUGCAACCUGCCACUGGACGUUGGAGAAUGCUGCUCAUAGUGGUGUCUGUCUGCACAGCUACUGGUGCCUGGAACUGGUUAAUAGAUCCCGAGACACAAAAGGUGUCCUUCUUCACCUCGUUAUGGAAUCACCCAUUCUUCACCAUUAGCUGUAUCACUCUGAUAGGCUUGUUUUUUGCUGGGAUACACAAGCGGGUCGUUGCACCAUCGAUGUAUCCUUUGCAGAACCGAGUUUUAUUCUCAGGUGAAAUUACAACACCUUCUUAGUCAUACAGGAAAACUCAUUUUGAAACCUAGGCCUCAUGUUCAGUGACAGUGCGCGCUCAUUGUUAUAGGACCUAAAACAGCCUUUCUUCAAAUAAGUGAUUGAGCAAAAAGCCAUAAAGGAUUCCUUUUACAGUUGGAUAUGUGAAGGUCAUAGCAGCGACCGACGAGAAGUGUGCAAUAUUUACCCAGAUGAUCCUGACGAUGGCUCGCAUUCUUCGGCUUGGUACUUUUGGUUAUCUGUGUUUCAGUAUUAGUGUCACUUUAGUACUUCAGACCCUGCGGAGACUUGUGCAGAUGAAGUAUGUUCGUGUGUUACUAAGUUAAACUUAGAAACAGAACCUCAUCCCGUUUUUAUAAUGUAUUUUUGCAAACUACUGUAAAUAGCAAAUCAAUGCCAAUGUUAAAGAGGGAGUUGCUAUGUGGACUCUGUUCUCCUGCACCAGUAUUUCAGGAACACCUGUUGGCCAUCCCCACAGCUCUUUAAACCCAGCCAUCCUGUGUAGCUGUGCCUUUCGUUCUCACACUCUUCUGUUCUAAUCAUAAUGCAAGAAAAACAUUGGAUGGACCCUAACCUGAGGAAGACUCGUCUCCAUUCUGUUGUGAGAAACUGUAGACGUUUUGAGAAACAAUUUUCGUUAAGCCAGAAAGUGAAUUUCAGCCACUGUUAUGGUAGUAAGUUUCCAGUUCAUUGUUUUCGUUUAACGCUAAGUAUACUUUAUUUUUUUAAUUAAUUUUAAGAACAUGCCACAAAGGCUUCUGAAGAUACAAGUUUAGUUACAAAUGAUGUGAUGUCUGGGAAUGGGAUAGUCGUUGUUUUAGAUAACUGGAUUUUAUGCUGUGCUGGACGUGCUGCUGUACUAGAGCCGCACAGUGUGAGUGACCAGCCACUCCGUCACAGAGGUCACGUGGGGGCGGCGCCACGCACCCGAGGCCACGGUUCUCACUGCUCCGAGAGUGUUAAUGACAUACUGUGUAUGCAUAUUAGCCACAUGUACUAUAACAGCCCUGGAAAUGAGACUAUUGGGAUUGCUGUAAAUGUUUUAAAGAACUGGAGGUGCCUUUUACCUGUUUACUAGAAGAUUUUGAAAAGGUUUAAAUUAUUUCACGAGCUAUCUUUUAAAUUCCAUUUAACAUAAAGCUGAAAAUUCAGUUAACAGGACACAAGACUUUCUAACAAGGCUACCACUUAAAUGUGUUCAUCUUGGCUUCCAUGUGUAUAAGAUUUUAAUUCUUCAAACCGCAGCAAUAAAACCCUCUGCUCCUACGAAGUCAGAAGAGGGUAUUCUAUAUAUUCAGCAUUUGUUUUAUUUUCUGUAAAUUUUGUAGGUAAAUAUGUGCAUAAAAAUAAAUACUUUAUAUAUAAAUCA